AGGGUGGUGGUAUUUUUUGCUUUGCUGUACCUCCUGAGCUUUUUUUGUACCAGUUUAGUACUUAACGCCUAAGAUUUCUGAUUCUUCUAACCACUUUUUGUUGAUUUAAGAGACUUUGCUGGUGACUUUUGAAGCAAUUGAAAACUAAUGAGGUAGCUGAACAGGCUUCAGAGCGUGAAAUAAAACUGCAUGAGGUGUAAUGUAUAAUGCUGUGUAAUUUGCGUUGCCUUCUACGUUUGCAGUAGUAGAUAUCCUAACCCUGUUUUUUAAAAAUCUGUGUUUCAGGUUCAGCUAUUCUGGCCCUCUUGUUAGCUGGCUAUCUAGCACAGCAAUAUUUACCAAUGCCUACACCAAAAGUCAUUGGGAUUGACCUUGGCACAACUUACUGCUCUGUGGGUGUCUUUCUUCCUGGAACAGGGCAGGUGAAGGUUAUUGCAGAUGAAAAUGGGCACAACAGCAUACCCAGUAUAGUCUCUUUCACAGACAGAGAUAUAUAUGUAGGAUAUGAUGGCCUAGAACUGGCUGAUUCAAAUCCGCAGAACACCAUAUAUGACGCAAAAAGAUUCAUUGGGAAAAUCUUCACUUCAGAAGAGCUAAAAAGUGAAAGUAGCAGGUAUCCUUUCAAGAUUUUCAACAACAAUGGAUCGGCUGAAUUUUCUGUGACAACUAAUGAAACUUUUCGCAUCACUCCAGAGCAUAUUGGCUCUCAGCUGCUGCUGAAAUUGAAGAGAAUGGCAGAAGACAGUCUUGGCAUGCCCAUUUCGAAGGCGGUCAUCUCUGUGCCAGCAGAGUUUGAUGAAAGGCAACGGAAUUCUACUGUUAAGGCAGCUAACCUUGCAGGGCUAGAAAUUUUGCGAGUAAUCAAUGAACCCACAGCUGCAGCUAUGGCUUACGGACUCCACAAAGCUGAUGUGUUUAAUGUUCUGGUGGUGGAUUUGGGUGGAGGAACUUUGGAUGUGUCACUGUUGAACAAGCAGGGAGGGAUGUUCCUCACACGAGCCAUGGCAGGUAACAACAAACUUGGAGGACAGGAUUUUAAUCAGAGGUUGAUGCUGUAUUUGUAUGAU